UUCCCUUUUCUGACCCACCAUAUCUUUUGAUUUGCUUUGCUGGUGGGUUACUUAGUAUGCGCUCUUUUACCUGAUUUAACACCAACCCAUUGCUUCCCUUUCGCCCCAAGUUAGCUAUAUUCACUCUUCUUUCAUGUUGGUGGCAUAUCCAUUCAACUUACAUUAAAAAAUUCAAUCCAUAGUAGAGGAGAUUGAAUUCGAUUAGGAUAAUGCUCCAUGCUUUAGCCAAGCCCGAGUCAUGUGAUCUACAUAUGGCAAAUAUUUAAGCUGUUUAUGAAUUUGUCAUGGGUGCUCUUAGAUUCAUAGAGCCUUGAGAAAAAACAAGUCCCAAAAGCUUUGGCAACAUGGAUGGUUCCUUGUUUUGUUAUGGAUGGCAGGAACUUGGAAGAACUGAACUGUUUUGGGUGUUAAUAUGAAAGGGAAUACUGCUUGGAGUUAUUCAGUUUGAAGAUGCCAAGAUUCAGGGGAUUGCACAAAGAUAAAGGUUUUGAUGUGGGUCGAUGUAUUUCUGUGUUUUUGUUUACUUCCAUGGAGAGGUGUGAUCAAUUCUACUAAAAAUAGGAGUUCAAAGUGCUUCAGGAUCAUCAGAGAACGAAUGGUGCUCUGUAAAACAUUGAUAUUGUGUACCAAUGAGGCCUCAACCUGUAUUAUUGUAGCAGAUCAAGUUCAAGAUAAGCAUGGUUUUGAAGCCACAAAAGGGUAGUUUGACUGCACAAUGCAGUGUUGCACUGGUCGCACGAAGCCCAGCUAGUCUUAGCUCAUCUCAAGUUGGGGAGAAAACACCCAUGAUUUCUCGCACAAAUAGCUUCUCCCAGUCUGCAAAAAAUUCUCCAAAUAAUGGAAAAGGCACUAGCAGAGAACUUCAAAGAAGCAAUAUAGAAAGUGUUUCUUCUCGGAGAUUUUCACAAAUGCAAAGAAGAUUGGACCUUGAACAAGAUGUUGAUAAGCUACGCAAAAAGCUAAGGCAUGAAGAGGAUUUACAUAAAGCUUUGGAAAGAGCCUUUAGAAGACCACGAGGGGCUCGCCCUCGUUUCUCUCCAUCUAUAUCUCCGAAGACACAGGAACUUCUUGCAGAAGUAGCUGUGCUUGAGGAAGAAGUUGUCCGUCUUGAGGAAAAAAUUGUGCAGUUGAAACAAAAUCUGUAUCAGAAGGGAGUGCAAUUCCCACCAUCUCCCAAGCAAAAAGAACCUGCUGUAAAUUCUGAGCAAUUGAAAGCGAGGCCACCAUUUGGCAGGGUUCCUUCAUCUGAGUCUUUAUCUAGUCAAUCUACCCAACAGCGAAAAAGAGAUCUUGUUGUAAGAAGUUUGCUGGAUGGCAUACCUAUAAAACAGGAUACGACUUUGGGAACAAAAGGUUUACAUAGAAAACAUAUAUCUUUGGGCUCUCCAUCAGAAAUCAACGGCUUGUUUUUCUUAACUCAGGCUAUAGAUGGCAAUUGUCCUAUUUACAUGGAACUUGAAGAAGCAAAAGCAUUAAAACUACCAAAGAUACAGAAAAAGAAAUCAGUGACAACAUAUAUUAGCCAAGAGAAAGAGAACAAAUUGCAUAUAGAAGAUAAGAGUCUGCAGACUUUAUUUCCAGGCUCAAAGAGGAAAAUCGGAGUCCAGAAACCCUCACUCAUGCAGAAGACAGUGGGGACACUGCCCCCAACACACAAAGAAAAGACAGGACAUACUGCGGCGGCUAUUUGUUUUGGACCAAGAACGUCACCAACCCUGAGGAUUUUUGAUGAUGACAAAAAUGCACAACCCAAUAAACUUUCUGAAGAGAUUGUUAAAAUCUUGUUAAGUAUUUUUUCAAGGUUAUCAAGGUCAUCUUUGGCAAUUGAGAAUGACACAGCAUCAGUAAUUUCUCGGUCAACUUUUUCAAGUUUGAGUUUAAGAAGCUAUGGUUCUAGAAGCAGUUUAAGUUUUAAAACGCCUAUGGAUCGAUCUGAAGAAAUAUUCUUCCGAGAUCCUUAUGGGGUUUGUUCCGAAUCUGUGCCAAGAGAUAUUGGUCCAUACAAACAUUUUCAAGAUAUUACUGCAAGUUCAUUUGACUUGAAUCGGAUUCCAGGCCUUGCUUCUUUAUUGAGAAGAGUAAGAAUUCUUGUGAACAAGCUAUGUUCUACAAACUUAAAGGGCUUGAAACAUCAGCAGAAGCUGGCCUUCUGGAUCAACAUAUAUAAUGCCUGUAUGAUGCAUGCCUUCCUUGAACAUGGAAUACCAAGCACACCUGAGAAGGUUGUUGCACUGAUGCGCAAGGCAAACUUUAACGUGGGAGGGUACUUUAUGAGUGCGUUGGCUAUUGAACAUUUCAUACUUCGACCACCAUUUCACUCACAGGAUGCCUAUUGGAAAAAGGGAAAAGCUGGCGAGGAGGCUAGAAUACGUAGUGUUUUUGGACUAGGGUGGUCUGAACCGAUGGUUACCUUUGCAUUGUGUUGUGGAAGUCGAUCUUCUCCUGCUGUACGUGUAUAUACAGCUGAUGAGGUGGAAUCAGAGUUAGAAGUAGCCAAAAAGGAGUAUCUGCAAGCUUCCAUUGGUUUCACUACUAAGAAGGUGCUGAUUCCAAAGUUACUAGAUUGGUACAUGCGGGAUUUCGCAAAGGAUUUGGAAUCCUUGUUAGAGUGGAUAUGUGAGCAAUUGCCUACCUCUUUAAAAACAGCAGUUGAGAAAUGUCUGCAAGGGAAUAGAGAUGGAUUUAUUUCUCAGGCAGUGGAAGUAAUGCCAUAUGACUUUGAAUUCCGAUAUCUUUUACCAUAGUCUGGGAAAAUGAUAUGCUUUCUAUAAUCUUACAGAGAACCAAACAGUGCAGGGCAACAAUGUGCUUUAAACUUGUCAAUGUUGUGUGCUAAAAUUAGUUAUAGUGGCAGACAUGAGCAGCUGUUUAUGGGAAUUGUAUUAUACCACAAUAAACUUCUAAAGGUCUUUUAUCUGUAUUUUUUAUGAAUCAAGGACUGCCACAAAAGCCUCGAAGCAUACAGAGUCUGCAUGUUAGUUACAAAUCUUUUAGAAAAAUUGUUAGUAGUGAUUCAAUAUAUUCUUUAAUUCCUGUUAUACAAGCAGUUCCCACAAUCCUGCUGGGGCCUAACUACCAUUUUUCCAGCAAGGCUGGGAUUUGUGUUAAAAAUUGUAAAAGUUGUUAUGAGAUGAAAUCAAGGAUUGUCCUAUUGUACAGUGUAGCACAAUCCUUUGGGAAUAUUUUAUGAUUCAGAUUUCAUGUUGGAAAUUAUUUAAAUGUAAUGAAAUGGGGAAGGUUCCUUUUCAACCUCA